UGAGGCAGCAGAGAAGGAGCCGGGCCAGCGGUAACAGUGCAUGUAGGCGGGCCCGCAGGCAGGGAGCCUCUUUUGGGGAAGAGGUUACUGUAUGUGGAGGGAGGCUGCAGGUUCACACUUGUUAACUCGGCCCAAUCAUGUGACGGCGGCGGCAGAUAAGCGAUAUCACUCAGAUUUCUUCCUGCAUGGCUGUAUUAUCUCUGCUGAAAGGAGACCGGAGAGUUGCGCUGAAAGCUGCCUGGAGAUGUUCUGGUUCCAGCAGGGGCUCUGCUUCCUGCCCGUCUUUCUGGUGGUCUGGUCCUCGGCUACUUUCAUCUUCCCUUACAUUAUCGCGGUGUUUAGAGGCGACGUGGACGUCGUCUUCCCCUAUAUAAGUGACACAGGGGCAAAUCCACCUGAGAGCUGCAUUUUUGGCCUGAUGACCUUCGUUUCUGCAUGUGCUGGAACUGCCACCAUAUAUGCCCGAUACAAAUAUGUGGAGAAGCUGACUGAGCAAAACGGCCUUGUGAAACCACGUCUGAAUGAAGCCACCCUGGGGCUCGGGAUAAUCGCCUGUCUCGGGAUGUGCAUAGUUGCUACUUUCCAGGAGACGGCAGUGACAAUAGUCCAUGAUGUCGGAGCGCUGAUAUUUUUCAUCAGUGGGAUUGUUUACAUAAUUCUGCAGUGCGUCAUAUCGUUCAAAGCAUGUCCGUACGGGUCGUCCGUCCGUGUGUGCCGAGUCCGUUAUCUCAUCGCCGUCAUCGCUACAGCUGCAUUUUUCCCAACUGUGAUCUGCACAGGUUUUGUUAAACAAACCACCCUCCACAGGCACACAUAUGACGAGGACUAUCCCUACCAAAUAGCCAGUGCCGUCUGCGAGUGGACGGUCGCCUUCAGCUUCGUCUGCUUCUUCCUCACGUAUAUCGAAGACUUCAAAAUGUUUAAGUUGCGAGUGAGGACCGAAUAUGAAGAUUAGACGAUCGUCAGCGUAAAUGGGAUGAAUUUGAGUAUUUUGUUGUAAUUUUUGCCCUCAUUGCACCAGACCGGCUUUUUAUACAAUCGUAUAUUUUUGCUACUUGAACUGUUUCAGAGAUCAUUUUCCUAUACCUGAUUAUUUUAGAUGGAUGAACUGUAUUUUUUUACCUCUUUUUUUUUAUAUACAAUCAUUUUAUAUAUGCAUUGACUUUUUUUUUUUUUGCCAUUGUUAAAGCAUCACUGCACUUUUAUUGUUGCCACACCAUCAUGACACAUCCUGGGAGAGCUGUGACCACUAAUAAGAGAAGUUCAUCACACAGUUAACACAUGACCCCGGCGCAUGAGGUAAAACGAAAAUACGGCUGAAACCAAAGCCCUCUGUGACUCGAGGUGCUGAUAUCUGGUGCUUUUGCAGCGUCCUCCACAGUUAGCGGACGACAGUGUUAAAUAUGCGCAAAAAGCCUUGAAGUAAGUUUGUUGCAGUAGCGCAGCCGCACUCUGAAAAGCUUUCUCAUCACUUCCUUCCAUUCACCCAAUAUUGUCGGCUAGAUAUGGGCAAGUUUAAGCUACUAUGUUCUUGUGUUUAUUUCCUGUCUUACUUGAACGGCGUGUUUUUUUAUAUUUCCCGUGUUGCAAAGCAGCUGAGAGAAAGGAUUUUUCGUGUCAAGUCAAACGCAACGUUUUUAGACACUGUGAUUCGCUUAAAAGGCAAAGCGCAAAAAAGCUGUGGCUACAUUUAUUUAUAAUAUGAAUCGUUUGGGAGGAAAGUAACCGUGGCAUUUUUUUUAAACAAUCAUAUAGCACUGAAUAAAUGUGCUCAAACUUAAGGUUGGAUUUUUAUAAAUUUAUUCAGUGUGAGAUUACGCUACUGCAACAAAUGAUUAAUUUAUUUGAUUUUUAUUUUUUAUUUUUUAUGCAGACUUUCCAGCGGUACCUAAGAUUACUGAGAGCUCUGUAUGCAGAGAAACCAGACAUGUACAUAUAGUGUGUAGAAGGACACAUAACCAUGUUUUCAUUAAAUCAGAACUUACUGUUUUAGGUCAGUAAAUGCCAAAACAAUGAGAUGUUUUUUUUAACCAAUUCCUCGAAUUCAGAUGUUUACAAUACACUUCUAUGCCUCACUAUUGCUUUAAACAGUUUGGGAAAGCCCAGACAACAAUGUCUGGCUUUGUAAUGUUGCUUCACAACAUUUUAAGUGAUAUUAGACACACCUGUGGAUGUGUUUUAAAGGGAAGACCUCAAACGCUCUCCACUCUUGUCUGUGAAGUACGGGGGUGAAAGCAUCAUGUUGCUGGGUUAUUUUGCUGCAGAAAGUACUGAUGCACUUAGCACAAAAUAGAUAUAUCAUGAGGAAAAAGGACAUUUAACGGAAAUCCUGAAGCAACAUCUCAACACAUCCUAAACAACCUAAACACACCACCAGAUUAGUUAGAGUGGUUUCAGGAGGAGAAAGUCAAUAAUUUGGAGCCAUAACUAACCUAAAACAGGAAAAAAAAAAUGGUUGCGUCUUUUUUACAGUUUCUUUGAAUAACUGGUUUAUAUGGUACGUGUUAAACAAACUAUCAUCAAGAUAUCAGUGCUGGAAUAUGCUUUGGUCUUGUCCUAGGUGGCACCAACUAACCCCAUGUGUGAGCUCCUUUUAUUCAGGUUUAACAGUGAUGGCAUUUAGCCUCUCUGUAGCUUUAAGAAGAGCCUAAUUAUAUUGAAGCACAGAAAUGGCAGCUGAUAUUAGUCAAGUUAGAUUAAAGGAACUUUUUAUGUCUUCUGAUUCGUAGUUUAAGCCGUGAACAGACAAUUAUUGCAGAUAAUGGAUCAAUAUUUUGACUAUUGGUUUUUCCUGAAAUGUGUAUAACUAGAAGUCACUUUAUAGAU